AUGAGACCGCGGGCUGAGUUGGACAUUAAAGUCCCCUCAGGGCCAGCCCGGCGGGCUUCUGAGCCGGGUCAGACCCCGCCCGAGUCCGGGGGGGCUACGGCCCGUGGAACCCGCACAUCCGGCCUGCGCGGGACCCCAGCCGCAGCCCGCGCGGGCAAGUUCCCGGAGUCCCGCGCGAACAAAGAAGGCGCGGGCGGCGCCCGAGCUCGGCCCCCACGGCCGCAGGAGGACAAGGCCGGGCCGAGCGGGGGCGCGCGCUAUAGAAGAAAGACCCGCGAGGAGGAGCGCCGGCCCCGCUCACCUACCGGGCCGCCGCUUGCUCCCGCCGGGCGCCCGCCGAAAGCAUCAACGGUCACCGCCGUCGCCGGGCCGGGGGCGGGGCUCCGGGAGGGGCAGGGUCCGGCCCCUAAGAGCGGAGCUCCGACUCCUGGGGGGGCGGGACCCAGUCAUUGUAGGGCGGGGCCCAGGCCCUAG